AUGUCGCUCCUCCAGCCGGCCCGCUCGCUGCCGCGCAGCCUCGGCGUGCGCACGCUGCGCCACCGCGUCGCAUUCGCCUUCGACAUCGACGGCGUGCUCAAGGCCGGGCCCACGGUGCUCGAGCCGGCGCGCCGGGCGCUGCAGCUGCUCGAGGGCAACAAUGCACGCUCCGUGCGCGUGCCCUACGUCUACGUCACCAACGGCGGCGGGCCGUCCGAGACGGAGCGCGCGGCGCUGCUGCAGCGCGAGCUGGGCGUUCCGGUGUCGCCAACGCAGGUCAUCCAGGCGCACACGGUGAUGCAGUCGUUGGUGCAGGACUUUGGCGACAAGCCGGUGCUGAUGAUUGGCGGGCCAGAAGGCGUGCCCGGUGCCAGCCGUGCGGUGAUGGAAGGCUAUGGCUUCCGCGAUGUGUACACGGCGCAGGACAUCCAGGCCUGGGCGCCUCCGGUGUAUCCCUUUGCGAAGCUGGACCCAAGGUGGCACGAGGCUGGCGCUGUGCGGCAAGCAGACUUCUCGCAGGUGCACUUUGCCGCCAUCAUGGUCUUCCACGAUUCGCGCGACUGGGGUCGGGACAUUCAGCUGAUGUGCGAUGUGCUGCGCAGCCGCGACGGCGUCGUGGGCAAUGUCGGCGACGACACGCACCCGCAGGUGCCGCUCUUUUUCUCGCACGGCGACCUGCUCUGGGGCAAUGACUUUCUCGCCUCUCGCUUUGGCCAGGGCGCCUUCCAGCACGCCGUCGCUGCAGUCUACAAGGCCACUUCGGGCCGUGACCUCGUGGCGACGACGUUUGGCAAGCCCGAGCGGGGCACGUACGAGUAUGCGCACGAGCGGCUGCGCGCCCGCGCCGCUGAGCUGGGCCACGAGGCUGGCGAGCUGAAUACGUGGAUGGUCGGCGACAAUCCGGCGUCUGACAUUGCCGGUGCCAAUGGCUACGGCUGGGCCUCUGCACUCGUCCGCACGGGCGUCUUCCGCGACGUCGAGGGUCCGCCGGCGCACCAGCCGACGAUCAUCGUCGACGACGUGGAGGGCGCAGUCCUGCACGCGCUCGAGCAGGAGUGGGGCACCUCGGCACAGAGGAAGCACUGA